AUGGCAAAUGCGGAUGGUAGCUUGGGGAAGUAUAUGGGUGGUGUAUCCGAAGCCACAAUCAUUGAAGAAGGCAUACCGUUUGAGGAGUUAGUCGUGAAAGUUUGCUCGCGCAUGGAUAUGAGCUCCGAUGGGAAGUCAUUAUUUUAUAGUACAAGCAAGGACAAGUCGAAGCAUUUGCGUAUGAGGGAUGCAGAUGGUGUUUCUAUGAUGUUCUGUUUGAAUGAGGAUGAGGUUGGCAUAUUUGUGGAAGAAGAGACCCUUGUGAACACACCAAGACAAUGUAACAUAAGUAGCAGGGAGUCGAACCUGUUGAAUAGCAGUCCAUCCACUGCCGAAGGAGAACCUUCUUCGACUACCAAAGAUAGUUUGACUAUUUGCCAUGAAAUGGGUUUGGUGCCGCACUCGCAACGGCGAGGUGAAGACAUUCUAAGUGGUGAUGGCCAGUUGUUUGACAACCAUAGGCUAUUCAAGAAGGCUGUUAUUCUUUUUGUAGCAUUGAACAAGUUAGCUUGUGUGGUUGAUGGUUGUUCAUGGAAGUUAACAGCUAGGGCACAAGGUAAGUCUGAACUCAUUAGAGUCAUCAAUAUGAAGAAUGAACAUUGCCACACUGCACAGGACAACACUAAUUUCAAGCCAAGGAUUCGGGCAAAAGAGAUGGGUAUGAUAUUCAUGGACAAAAUAGCAGGGCAGCCCAAUUUCCUCCCCAGGAGCAUAUGCAAGGACUUCGAGCUUGCGUUCCAUACUCCCCUAACUUACUUGCAAGGAUGGAGGACUAGGGAAUGUGCCCGUGAGUUGAUAAGUGGGCCGGUAUCCAUGACGUAUCACUUAGUGCCGUGGAUGUGUCAAUGUCUUAUAGAAUCAAUUCCCAACACGAAGGCAGUUUGGAGUUCUUCUGAGGAUGGUAAGUUCAAGCAACUUUUUGUCGCUUAUGGUUGCAGCAUUACGGGGUUCUUGGGGGGAUGUCACCCGAUGUUGUUUAUUGAUGCAUGUUUUUUGACUGGUCCAUAUCGCGGUAGUUGUUUGUCUGCAGUUGCUUAUGAUGCGAAUGAUCAAUUGUACCCUCUUGCAUAUGCUAUUGUAUCAUCAGAGAACUACACGGAUUGGUUAUGGUUCAUGCAUAACUUGAAGGAAAUUGUUGCCGGAAAGGAAGUUGUGGUUGUGAUAGACCGUAAUCCUGGGUUGUUGAGGGUAGUUAAGGAAUUGUUUGGUGAGGAAUGCAAUGCAUGGUGUGUUCGCCACGUGAAGGAAAAUUUUAGCAAGUUUGCCACCGAAAAAGGAAUGAAGGGGAACCCCAAGAAGACGACAUUGCAUCUUUUCACAAAAAUUGCCUAUGCAUGUGAUGAGCGGCUAUAUGGGGUGUACUUGACGAAAUUGUUUGGGCUAUCACCUGAGUUGUCGAAGUGGGUUGAAGAAAAUGGUCCACAACACUGGUCGAAUGCGCGAUUUUCGUAUCGGAGGUGGGACAAAUUGUACACCAACAUUGCCGAAAGCUUCAACAAUUGGAUAUUGAAAUUGAGAGACUUGGACAUCAUCCAAUUCAUGAAGGGGCACGUCACCAUCACCACUGACAUGUUAUAUAGGCAUAAGAUGGAGGUGGGUAAAUGGCAUCCCUUGCCGGUUGGUCGUAAUAUAGACAAAAUGAUUAAGGAAUCUCAGGAAAAAUCUCGAGGUCUCACUUCUUGA